GGUGUCAUUCCCUCUGGUCUCGGUUCUCCCGCUCCCGCGGAUGCUCGGUGGGACGCUGGAGAUUUGCUUCUUUUAUUCGCUGUCUUUCUUCCUUUUAUUCUUGUCUUAUCGUCAUGCUGGGUUUGGGAAUUCUAUUGUCCUCGGAUAGGAGAGCGGAAGGAGACUGCUGGGUCUUUCUUUUCUUCUCCCAGUGAUCGUAUCUUUCUUCCGCCCUUCUCGUUGCCUUCUUCCGUGUCUGCUAUUCCGGAUAGAGGGUGGGAUAAUGAUGUCGUUGGCGAGAGAGGGUAGUCAAGGGGGGCGAGAGCUCCAUGUUCUGGCGGUCGACGAUAGCUCCGUCGACCUGGCGGUGAUCGCCAGGCUUCUAAGGAGCUCUAAACACAGAGUGACAACUGUGGACAGUGGCAAAAGAGCAUUGGAGCUCUUAGACUUGGAGCCAAAUGUUAAUAUGAUAAUUACGGAUUACUGGAUGCCGGAAAUGACAGGUUAUGAUCUCCUCAAAAAGAUUAAGGAAUCGUCUACGCUGAAGGAAAUUCCAGUGGUUAUCAUGUCAUCCGAGAACGUUCCAAAUAGGAUCAGCCGGUGUUUGGAGGAGGGAGCAGAGGAUUUUUUGCUCAAGCCUGUCCGGCCGUCGGAUGUGUCCCGGGUUUGCAGUCGUGUGAUGUGAUGAUGGUGGUCUGAUCAAUGGCCUGGGUGGUUGAUGGAUGAUUGGAUGGAUAAAUCCCGGAAUUUUUUCCCCUUUUUUUAUGUUGUUCCUUCGAACACCAGCCUCUUUCUUCCCCAUUUUCUUCAGAUAAUAGAGGGGUUAAGACGGCUAAAGGCAGAAAAGGCUAUAUGUUCACUUUUUUUCUUUUUUCCUUCUUUUUUUUUUUU